AUGAGUGGAGCGCACGGUACGGAUGGUCCAGUGUCGAGGCAGUUCUUGUUGAUGGUAGAAUUGAAAAGUAUGUCAAAUGUGCCGCGCGAAACCCGUGUCAACAACAAGAACCAGUGGGAACCGGAGCUUCUCAAUGAGUCCUACAAAGACGAAGGUCAACGAAGUUUGUGGGCGGACUAUUGCAUGAACAGUACCAUCCAUGGUUUUAAAUACUUUGUUGGCAAUAAACGAACCCUAAUAGAGAGAGUCUGGUGGUUCGUGGUGUGUAUUGUGUCCUUUUACGGGUGUGGAAGAAUAAUUCAGAACAUCUACAUGAAGUGGGAUCGCGAUCCUGUUGUCGUAACGUUCGCCGAGAAAGCUUUGCCCGUGUUCUCCAUACCGUUCCCAGCCGUCACGAUCUGUCCGGAGAUAAAAGUUCGAAAGGCUAAUUUCGAUUUCACCCAAGCCUAUCAGGUGUAUAUUGAUGAAGAAGAUGAGGACGCAUACUUAUCACUCGAGCAGGAGGAAAAACUGGAAGCGCUCCUGCAGGUGUGCGAUUUCACCUUCGGAGUAGACCUAAGCAACGCAACCUAUGACGACGACGUGGUGCAGAGGCUCCAACAGAUGGCCAUUAAGUUGAACGAAAUUUUUUUGAUGUGUGGCUGGCGAGGUCAAACGAUGGACUGCAGCCGCAUGUUCAAGCCCACUCUGACCGACGUGGGCAUAUGUUACACUUUCAACUCACUUUCGGCUGAGGAGAUGUUGCGUAAAGAGCAGCUCCACUCGGAAUAUGAGUACUUGACGGAGAACCGAACAGCAAGCCGAUGGAGCAUAGAUGACGGAUAUGAAACAGGUCCCGGAAACAAGACCUCAUACCCGCGAAGAACCUUUGGUGCGGGGAUACGGGCCGGAAUGUAUGCUAUCCUACGGGUUGGAUUGAAGGAUAUGGACUACUUGUGUUCAAACUCUUUUCAGGGAUUUAAGGUCCACCUGCAUCCUCCAAAUCAGUAUCCAAGGCUGUACAACCAGAAUUUCCGGGUCCCUAUAAGCCAGGAGGUAUCGGUGUCGAUUGACCCCUUGGUAAUCGAAACGUCGGCCAAUAUUCGGAACUACAGUCCAGCUCGGAGGCAGUGCUACUACAACCAUGAGCGUUAUCUGAAGUACUUUAAGGUGUACACCAAAAGUAACUGCGAGAUCGAGUGUCUCGCUAAUUAUACGAUCGAAAUUUGUGGAUGUGCGCAUUUUGUCUACCCCCGGACGAAAGACGUACGAGUUUGCGGUCUCGGUAUGUCGUAUUGCUGCAAUCAGGCACUUUCGCUGCUGGAGGAGUUUGAUCUGCUGCAGGCUAAGAACCAAUCGGUCGAGCUAAUACACCAAUGUAACUGUUUACCGGCAUGCAAUGCGAUCAUCUACAACACCGAAACAUCACAGGCGCGGUUUGAUUGGAGGAAGUUACUCGAGCAAAUCAAUCCAUCGUUUAAAAGUGAUGAGGUCGAACUCUCCUAUUUAUCGAUUCACUUCAAAGUUCCGCGAUUUAUUCCGAUCAAGCGAAGCGAGCUGUUCGGGAUCUCGGACUUUCUGGCCAACUGCGGAGGUGUUCUGGGCCUGUUCAUGGGAGUCAGCAUUCUCAGUAUCGUCGAAAUUAUCUACUACUGUACGCUGAAGCCGAUCAUGGAACGAAAUGCAGCCGUCCGCGAGCCGUCCACUCCAAAGCCGAUCAAAUCUAACCUGAUCCUACCACCGGAGGAGUACGGUGUCCCCAUACGGCAGCGAAAGGAUAUCACCAAGUGGUAG